GCGUCGUUCUGAAAGGUGACAUCCGCGAAAGCCACUAUAGUGGCGCGUCGUGCCUAAAAAGUUAAACGUAACCACAAUGAUUCGAAGAGACGUCAUUCGUUAGACGAUCGAAGUGGUGUCAAAUAUUGAAAAAAUUGCUGCGUCGAAUGUCGUCGACGUCGAAUUCUUCGUAUCAUAAAAUAGUUGUCACCGAGAACUUGCAAUACAUCGUGGCCAGAGAACGUUCUAUAAACGAUGUUACAAUUUAGCGCGAUAUUGGAUAACAAGGAGCAGAUCGCAGGAUCGAGCACAAACAUCGAUCGUUUCUUUCUAACCACGAAACCGAAUGUACACGAUCACAGCGUGACUCGGUAAUUACGGCGAACGUUGCUCGAGAGAAAAACGAUGGAGAGCCAAACUAACAUUGGUCGUCGAGUGGAGAUAUUUAAAAAGACCUUCUUCAAAUAUUAUCUCCGCCACUUUCCAACCCUGUUCCACGUUUGCUACGAUCCGAUCGGCACGCAUCGAAAAGCACGCGCCUUCGCGGGGCUCCUUUUCGGUUUCACAAUGGCUAUCGUUUUGUACAGAUUCAUUAUCGUUGAUUUACGUUUCGACAAAUAUACCAGUUUCGGUCUUGCCGUCGCCCUCGUCACGAUGAUGUCUAUUGGCUGCGCCGCGUCCAUUCAGGUGAGAUGUAUUUGCGUUCUGACGAUACCUGGUUUCUUCGGACGAUCGGGCCGCAGUGUGCUAAGAGCAUUGGUUUUCGGUUACAUAAUAGCCGGACCGCUCUUUAACAUGGUAUAUAAUGCAAAAGAGGUGGUGAGAUCGUUCGCCUGCACAUCCCAGUUGACGUACAAUCUCACGAAAACCAGGUUCGACUUGAUGUUCAAGCCAUUUCAACAGGCCGUUCUCGCAAUGAAAUCCGACGGGGAGGAGAUAAAGGAUACUCUAUCAUCUGUGAGGGAUCUAAUGAGUCCCAUCGUCGAGGAGAUCGAGGGUGAGGAGGAAAUGCGGCGAUUAAACGAGGAAAACGAUUACCUGGACGAAUUGCAAGGUGAUACGAAGAGGAGCAAGGACAUUGAAGAGAACUACGAGAAGAAAAUCGAUGAAGCCAAAUCGGCUGCCGACGUGUACGAAGCGAAGUAUAAGAAGAAGAUCGAAGCUAGGUGCGAGGAACAGCUCAGCCGGGGCUCGGACAGAUGUAGGGAUAUGUUCAGCGACGCUUACGACAAGUGUUACGACAAAGUAACUAUGUUCGUUGCUUGGCUUCUCUGCUGGCCGAUGAAGCUCACUUUCGUUUGCAACCUGGUCCAGGCUCUGGGUGGUUCCAGCAUCUGCGACCCCGAGGGCAAGGUCGACAGUGGCAUUGGCGAAGGCUAUGCUGCCUUGAAAAGUGCGAGGAACGAGUUCACCAGAAGCCUGAAGGACGCCAAGCUGCAGUACAAAAUAAAGAAACCUCCUGUGAUCCUGGAUCUCCAGGACUCCGUCUACGCGGCUAAAGCAGUCGCCCACCAAUUCGCAACGAGAGCCAAGCUCUUCGAAUCCGUGAUGGUCAUCGUGAAAAGAUGCUUGUCCUUUGUAUUCCUGAAAAUUAUUCUCAGUUCUCAGCGUUACCACGACAAAUACAUGGACGACAUCGAGUACGACAACGUUUACGUGACGCCAUAUUUUCGGCGAAUCGACGCGAGAAGGAAAGCUCGCGGAAGCCUCGCGCUUCUGCCACUGAAGAAGAUCGAGAGGAAGAAAUUCAUCGAUCCUUAUAGCUGGAAACCCGGCAAAGCGGAGGGAUUUAAUUUGACUGGCCAGAUGGUGAAGCUGUUGCUCGAGAUAAUUACUGCUAGUAUUUUUAUCGUCCUCGAUAGCUUGUUCUAUGAAGUGCUGGAUAUGAUUAGGAGACACGCUCUUAUAGAAUACACACAGGCAGGUCAUCACGACUUGUCCCUGGAGAUCAGAGGCACGGGAGUGAUAGCAACCCUGAUCAGAAGCGCCGUCCGCGGCUUCAAUGUGAAGAAGCACAUAAAAACCGUGACCACGAACAGCGCCUGUCUGCCGAAACCAACGAAACUGGAUGGCCACGUGCUCUUCAAGAUCUACGGGACGUUCUUCGCUAUUUGUCUGCUGAACGUUGGAUCGAUUUACACGCAGAGGACGCGUCGUGGUAUCUGCUCGUUCUUUUACCGGAAACGGGAAAAGAGGAGGACGCUGUAUCUGUACAACGAGAGCCUGCGAAGGCGGAUCGGUUUCGCGAGAUUCAUGAAGGCGAGGGUGAAGAGGCUGGUCAGGACGCGUCGUUUGGAGUACGAAGUCGAUUUCUGGAUGACCAUGAGACAGAAAUGGCCGGCUCAGUUCGGCUGGCUCCGGUUUUUUGCCUGCGCCAGGGAGAGGUGCUUAAUUUGCGACGAGGUGGAGCCCAGAAAAGGGCCGGAGCAUAGAAAGUGCACGACGCCCGGCUGUCCCUUUGUACAUUGCCCUGAAUGCUGGAGGGAUGUCGGGAAGAUUUGCUAUGCUUGCGCCGAGUUGCCGGAUUCCGACUCCGACGAAUACGAUACACAGUAUUUUUAGAUUUAAUGGUAAAAACGGUCGGAGAAGUGCACAGAAUGUGCAUUUAACAGCGAACCUCGAAGGUGUUGAAAUCGAAGGAACUUCUUGUGGAAGGAAGAACGUUCUCGUUCCGUGUAGUUAUAGUACGUACUAUUUUCAUAGUUGCGCCAGGAUGAGACUAACGAUGUGCAUGCAACAUAUCGAGGUUCAUGCAACUGGUCAAUUCAUCCGUCAGAUUUGCAAGACUCGUAAAAUGUUGUCCGUCUGUAGAAUAUUAUUGUAUAAUUAUAGCAUUUAUAAUAAAGAAAACACAUACUUGCAAACUGUG